AUGGCCGUUCAACAAUGGACCACGCCCUUGAAGGGCUUGGACAGUCUCACCCGCACCGAAGCCCCAAUGCCGGUGGCAGGCAAAGGUGAAGUCUUGGUGGAGAUCCACGCUGUGUCUUUGAACUAUCGUGACGUCGAAGUGACCAAUGGCGAAUACAAGCACCACAAAACCGCCGAACAAGAUGCCACCAUCGUGCCCUGCUCAGACAUGUGCGGAGUAGUGACGCAGGUCGGACCUGACGUGACGAAGUGGACAGUCGGCGACCGAGUCCUUUCGACCUUCCUCCCAGCCCAUCAAACCGGCCAGGUGACCGAGAAGAUGCUUGCUGGUAGUAUCGGACUGCCAAAUGAUGGAGUCCUGGCUACGCACCGCGUCUUCCCCGAAUCCGGCCUGGUGGCAGCUCCGAUGUUCUUGUCCGAUGUGGAGGCUGCUACACUACCCAUUGCUUCUGUCACAGCUUGGAUGUCUAUCAAUGGAAUGCGACCAAUGUCACAGAAUGGCACUAGCGGUGGGAAGGGCGAGUUUGUCUUGCUUCAGGGAACGGGCGGCGUGGCGAUUGCUGGACUACAGAUUGCUAAAGCCGCUGGCGCGAAGGUGAUCAUCACCUCCUCGUCUGAUGAUAAAUUGGACCAGGCCAAGAAGCUCGGUGCCGAUUUCACUAUCAACUACCGCACCAACCCCAACUGGGAAGAAGAGGUUAACAAGUUCACCGAGGGCCGCGGUGUUGAUAUCAUCCUCGAGGUUGGCGGUGCCAAAACCCUUCGCAAGAGCUUCGAUUGUAUCACCUUUGGUGGUCUGAUCAAUUGCAUCGGCUACGUUUCGGGCAAGAUGGAUACUGACGAGGAUCGUCUUAACGUCAACCUCCUUACCCUCCGCCGCACAGUUACCCUUAAAGGUAUCAUCAACGGCCCCAAGGAUCGCUUCGAGGAAAUGAACCGCUUCUAUCAGUUGCACCAGAUCCACCCGGUCGUCAACCGGGUCUUUUCGUUCGAAGAGUCCAAGGAAGCUUUCAAAUUCCUGCAGAGUGGCAGCCACUUUGGUAAGGUGGUUAUCAAAGUCCAAUAA